AAGAAUAUCCCAUUACACGAGACGUCUAGACGCAUUUUAAAUCUAUGUCAUAAGCACGCUUGUGGUCCGUUGAUAGUAAACAUUGAAGGAGAGAUUGUGUUGUUACAUUGUAUUUUUGUGAAAUCAUACAAGAAGAAGUAUGGCUAAUCCAAAUUUAACAGAUAUGACAGAAGAAGAUGCGGCUGAUUUGCAAUUUCCCAAAGACUGCUCAUCGAGUAGAACAGAAAAUAUCGAGAAUGAUAUAGAACUCGACGUGUCAGUCGUGAAGGAUGAAAUCAUUACUUCAGACCCAACAUGCCGCGUAUGCAAAUCUGCUUUGACGGAGCCUUACAUUCGUUGUGCGGUGUGUAACAACACGGAUUUGUGUCCUUCUUGUUUCUCCAGUGGAUCUGAAAUUGAUGAUCAUAAUAAUGAUCAUGAUUAUAUUAUUAUAAAGAAUGAAUUCCCUUUGAUCCAUGGAAGUGGUUGGACUGCUAAGCAAGAAUUAGAAUUUCUUGAUGUCUUACAGGAAUGUGGUUUUGGAAAUUGGGAAGACAUUUCAAAAAGAAUGCAAGGAAAGUCAGCUGAAGAAUGCAAAAAUCAUUAUAUUCAGCAUUAUAUCGAUAAUCAAAGUAUACCUGGUUUGCCAAAAAUUAAAGAAACAAAAAUAAGUUUAUUUGGUUGUGAUUCAAUACCUUAUUUACAUAAAUUGCAAGAUUUGGAAGAGCCACCGAGAUUUGCACCUAAUACUCUUAAUUGCAAGCUUUUGGCAGGUUAUAAUCCAGCAAGGUCAGAUUUUGAAGUAAAUUUUGACAAUCACGCAGAAUUAUUAAUUUCUGAUUUGAAUUAUAAUGAAUUUGAAUCAAAUGAUAAUUAUGAGCUAGGAAAAGCAUUACAAAUAGCUAUAGUGCAAGCAUAUAAUAAUCGAUUGAAAGAACGUAUGAGAAGGAGAAAAAUUAUACGUAACCAUGGUUUGAUUGCAUUUAGGAGAACUAUAUCUUGGAUACAAAGAUAUGAAUGCACAAUCACUAGAAUACUUGCAGAAAGAUUAUUAAUUUUUAUGCAAUUAAUAAAUGGUAUAGAGUUUGACUUCUUAAUGGAAGGAUUGCAUCGUGUGGGUGAACUUAAGAACUAUUUAAAUAAACUCUUUGAGUUUCGUAAUAAUGGUAUAAAACAUUUCCACAGUGUUGUGAUGUUUCAAAAACUAAGUAAACUUAGGCAAGAAAAUGAAAGAGAAAGAAAGCAAUAUUUGAAUAAUCCAGAAUAUAGUUGGAAGUCUAUAUUGCCUGGUUGUAACAUUAAUUUAACUAAUUCAAUAUCGAAUACAAUUUCACAACGAAAGACAGCGCCACCGCUUGCAAUAAAAGGUCUUCCUGGAUAUGAAAAGCUUACUGCUGUUGAAAGAGAACUUUGUUCAGUUACGCGUAUAGUUCCUGCUAACUACUUAGAUUUUAAGCAACUUUUGAUAGGGGAGAAUAAAAAGAAUGGUUAUCUUAGGUUAGCACAAGCUAGAGUUUUGCUUAAAAUUGAUGUAAAUAAAACACGUAAAAUCUAUGAUUUUCUUACAGAACAAGGAUAUAUAAAUAAACCAAGUCAAUGACAUACAUUUAAUUAAAAUAGUAAAAAUAUUUGAGUUUUACGAAUAUUUCAUACUUUGUGUGUAAUGCCAGUAUUGUGAUAUUAAAUGUUAAGAUUUGUACCUAUUAGCCCUUGAGAAAAUACAGAAUUUAUAUAAUUGACUGAAACUAAUAACACGAGUGUGCACUAUAGCUCAUAAGUGCUUACCCCUGUAAUUGUCUUCUUUACAAUAAAGAUUAUACAACUCCUUAUAAAUCAGUUUGAUUUUUAUACACUUAAGUACGAGCUAUAGUGCAUGUAAUACUGUACAAAUAUUCUAACAAUUAAUAAUAUUAUACGACUAUUCAAGCAUAAAUUAUAUGUACAUACGUGUGUAGCUUGUUAUUUACAUUUUAUACAAUUUUUAAUGACAUGCAUAAUGAAUUGUAUUUUAU